UUUCGUUCCUGGUAGUUACAAUUGUGAGGGUGAACUACAUGCCGCACAAUAUGAUCAAAUUUACGAUCGAAUAGGUUCAUACCGACAUCAUACGAUUGUGAGGAUACGUAUUGAUGCGCAGAAGGCCGCAGUUCCGCCAUUUGACGCGUAACAGCCAACUUGAGCAGACCUGUAUGAAGCGUUUCACAGUGUUUUGUUUACAUUCGUGCAUCAACAUGAAUUCAGCAAAAAGCAGGAGUGUCAUUGAUUUGGAUCAUCUUCGAGAUAAUCCUGAUGCUAUUUUUGAUCUAUUGGACGAGGUUGGAUCCGAUUUCGAGGUUGAUAAUGAGGAGUCCGAAGACGAUAUUUUGUUGGAAUCAGAAAAUCCAACCAUUGCCCAACUCGACAGUGAUAUUGAUAUCAGUUCUGAAAGAUCGAUUUCUGAUGAAUCAGAUGCUGACGAUCCAGAGAUGAAUAUGAGACUGAGUGAACUUGCCAAAAAAUACAGCAAACAGUCAUGGAAUCGAAUUGUUUUCGAUAGUAAAAAUGGACCCCAAGAUAACAUGGAUAGCAUUGAUACGAAUGCAGUUUCAUCACCUUGGGGAUACUUCAGCAGAUACUUGGGUGAAUNCAGUUAUCCCUUCUCCAGAA